CUCUAAAGCUAAUGCCUUCAUUAAAGAGAUUCCUGCCCCAAAGGUUGUGAAGGUUGAAGAGAUAUGUAUGAAGUAUUAUCUUCGUGACUAGUACAACUCAUCGGGAAUGGUAACCAGGACCUGGUGUCUCCUCCUGCCAUCUUUGCCUCCUAACCUGUAGCCACCAUACAGAAGUGUAUCUCCAUCCACAUCGGCCAGCCUGCUGUCCAGAUUGGCAAUGCCUGCUGAGAGCUUUUCUGCCUGGAACACUGCAUACAGCCUGGUGACCAGAUGCCAAGUGACACGACCAUUGGGGGAGCAGAUGGUUCCUUCCACACUUCCUUCAGUGAGACAGGCAACGGCAAACACAUGCCCAGGGCAGUGUUUAUAGACCUGGAAUGCUGAUCUGACAAAAUUCCAGACCAAUCUGGUACCCUAUCCCUGCAUCCACCUUCCUCUGGCCACAUAUCCCCCCAUCAUCUCUGCUGAGAAAGCCUACCAUGAACAGCUUUCUGUAGCAGAUUACCAAUGGUUGCUUCAAGCCAGCCACCUAGAUGGUGAAAUGUGACCCUCACCACAGUAAAUACAUGGCUUGCUGCCUGUUGUACUGUGGCGAUGUGGUUCCCAAAGACGUCAGUGCUGCCAUUGCCACCAUCAGGACCAAGCGCACCAUCCAGUGUGUGGAUUGUCCCACCGGCUUCAAGGUCAGCAUUAAUUACCAGCCUCCCACAGUGGUGCCUGGUGGAGACGUGGCCAAGGUCCAGCGAGCUGUGUGCAUGCUGAGUAACACCCCAGCCAUUGCUGAGGCCUGGGCUGGCCUGGGCCACGAGUUCAACCUGAUGUAUGCCAAGCAUGUCUCUGUCCACUGGUAUGUGGGGGAGGGGAUGGAAGGAGCGUUUUCUGAGAUCUGUGAGGACAUGGCUGCCCUUGAGAAGGAUUAUGAGGAGGUUGCUGCAGAUUCUGUUGAAAGAGAAGGUGAGGAAGAAAGAGAAGAAUACUGAUGUCCAUUUCUCUCAGCCCUUCAGCGUGUCACACUCCAAGUACUUGAGCUUCUGUGUUAGCUGACAGGCAUUUAAGCUCUCUGCUUAGAUUGCCUUCACUCUAACUUGCUAUCAUGUCUUAUUUUUCCACAUGUACCUGUAAGGUUUUCCAACAUGUCUCAAAGUAAAGUUUUAAGGAAAAAAAAAAAGUUUAAGAAAUUUUCA